CCACUGCUACCGUCAGCUGCACCGCCCGGGAAGCCGCCGCCGCCGUCGCUGCCGCGGAAUCAGGAAGUUCAAGAUGGCCGCCACGGAGCCCGCGUCCCUGCGGGAACAGCCAGAGAUAGAAGAUGUUGAUAUUUCUGAAAAGAGUGUAAAUGAAGAAAAUGGAGAAGUAUCAGAAGACCAAUCUCAAAAUAAGCACAGUCGUCACAAAAAAAAGAAACAUAAACAUAGAAGUAAACAUAAGAAACAUAAACAUUCCUCAGAAGAAGACAAGGAUAAAAAACAUAAACAUAAGCAUAAACAUAAGAAACACAAAAGAAAAGAGGUUAUUGAUGCUUCUGACAAAGAAGGUAUGUCUCCAGCAAAAAGAACUAAACUUGAUGAUUUAGCUUUGCUAGAAGACUUGGAAAAACAGAGAGCCUUGAUCAAAGCUGAACUUGAUAAUGAGUUAAUGGAAGGAAAGGUCCAAUCUGGGAUGGGGCUAAUAUUACAAGGUUAUGAGUCUGGCUCUGAAGAAGAAGGAGAGAUUCAUGAAAAGGCAAGAAACGGAAAUAGGUCUAGUACUAGAACUUCAGGUACAAAGGGGAAACUUGAAAUUGUGGACACUAAAAAUAGUACAAAAAAACGAAGUAAAAGCAGAUCCAAAGAACGGACUAGACAUAGGUCUGACAAAAAGAAAAGUAAGGGAGGUAUUGAAAUAGUUAAAGAGAAAACAACUAGAAGCAAGUCUAAGGAGAGGAAAAAGUCCAAAAGUCCAUCCAAAAGAAGUAAGUCUCAAGAUCAAGCAAGAAAAUCAAAAUCUCCCACCCUUAGAAGGCGGUCUCAAGAGAAAAUUGGGAAGGCCAGAUCUCCUACAGAUGAUAAGAUUAAAAUAGAAGAUAAAAGUAAAUCAAAAGAUAGAAAAAAAUCUCCAGUUAUGAAUGAAAGUAGAAAUCGUGAUCGGAGCAAAAAGUCCAGAUCUCCAGUUGAUUUGAGAGGUAAAUCCAAAGACAGAAGGUCACGGUCCAAAGAGAGGAAAUCAAAACGGUCUGAAAUUGAUAAAGAAAAGAAGCCAAUUAAAUCUCCCUCUAAGGAUGCUUCUUCUGGAAAGGAAAAUAGGUCACCCAGUAGAAGACCUGGUCGUAGUCCUAAAAGGAGGAGUUUAUCUCCGAAACAACGUGAUAAGUCAAGAAGAAGUAGAACUCCACUUUUAAAUGAUAGGCGAUCUAAGCAGAGCAAGUCACCUUCUCGAACUCUUUCCCCUGGGAGAAGAGCCAAGAGCCGGUCCUUAGAAAGAAAACGAAGAGAACCAGAAAGGAGGCGGCUUUCUUCUCCAAGGACACGACCUCGUGAUGAUAUCCUCAGUAGACGUGAAAGAUCAAAAGAUGCCAGCCCAAUCAAUAGGUGGUCUCCAACCCGAAGGAGAGCAAGCAGAUCUCCCAUUCGGAGGAGAUCUCGUUCCCCGCUCAGACGAAGUAGGUCUCCAAGAAGAAGAAGCAGGUCUCCCCGAAGAAGAGACCGAGGUCGGAGGAGCAGAUCGCACUUGAGGAGGCGGUCUCGAUCACGGGGUGGUCGUAGACGGAGGAGCAGAAGCAAAGUAAAGGAGGAUAAAUUUAAAGGAAGUCUUUCUGAAGGAAUGAAAGUUGAGCAAGAAUCUUCAUCCGAUGAUAACCUUGAAGACUUUGAUGUUGAGGAAGAAGAUGAAGAAGCCCUAAUAGAACAGAGACGAAUACAAAGGCAGGCAAUUGUUCAGAAAUACAAAUAUCUUGCUGAGGACAGCAAUAUGUCUGUGCCAUCUGAACCAAGCAGUCCCCAGAGCAGUACUCGAACACGAUCACCUUCUCCAGAUGACAUUCUAGAACGGGUAGCUGCUGAUGUUAAAGAGUAUGAACGGGAAAAUAUGGAUACAUUUGAGGCCUCGGUAAAAGCUAAGCAUAAUCUCAUGACAGUUGAACAAAAUAAUGGUUCAUCUCAGAAGAAGCUUUUGGCACCUGACAUGUUUACAGAAUCUGAUGAUAUGUUUGCUGCGUAUUUCGAUAGUGCGCGUCUUCGGGCUGCUGGCAUUGGAAAAGAUUUCAAAGAGAAUCCUAACCUCAGGGAUAACUGGACUGAUGCAGAAGGCUAUUACCGUGUGAACAUAGGCGAAGUCCUAGAUAAGCGUUACAAUGUGUAUGGCUACACUGGUCAAGGCGUAUUCAGUAAUGUUGUACGCGCAAGAGAUAAUGCAAGGGCCAACCAGGAAGUGGCUGUAAAGAUCAUCAGAAACAAUGAACUUAUGCAAAAAACUGGCUUAAAAGAACUAGAAUUCUUGAAGAAACUUAAUGAUGCUGAUCCUGAUGACAAAUUUCAUUGUCUGCGACUCUUCAGGCACUUUUAUCACAAACAGCAUCUGUGUCUUGUAUUUGAGCCUCUCAGUAUGAAUUUACGAGAGGUGUUAAAAAAAUAUGGUAAGGAUGUUGGUCUUCAUAUUAAAGCUGUAAGAUCCUAUAGUCAGCAAUUGUUCUUGGCAUUGAAACUCCUUAAAAGAUGCAAUAUCCUCCAUGCAGAUAUCAAGCCAGACAAUAUCCUGGUCAAUGAAUCAAAAACUAUUUUAAAGCUCUGUGAUUUUGGGUCAGCGUCUCAUGUUGCAGACAAUGACAUAACGCCCUAUCUUGUCAGUAGAUUUUAUCGGGCUCCUGAAAUCAUUAUAGGUAAAAGCUAUGACUAUGGUAUAGAUAUGUGGUCUGUAGGUUGUACCUUGUAUGAACUCUAUACUGGAAAAAUCUUAUUCCCUGGCAAGACCAAUAACCAUAUGUUGAAGCUCGCCAUGGAUCUCAAAGGAAAGAUGCCAAAUAAGAUGAUUCGGAAAGGUGUAUUCAAAGACCAACAUUUUGAUCAAAAUCUCAACUUCAUGUACAUAGAAGUUGAUAAAGUUACAGAGAGGGAGAAAGUUACUGUCAUGAGCACCAUUAAUCCAACUAAGGACCUGUUGGCUGACCUGAUUGGGUGCCAGCGACUUCCCGAAGACCAGCGUAAAAAAGUUCACCAGCUGAAGGACUUGUUGGACCAGAUCCUAAUGUUGGACCCCGCUAAGCGAAUUAGUAUCAACCAGGCCCUACAGCAUGCCUUCAUCCAGGAAAAAAUUUAAACGAGAUAAAGAAGCUCCAAGGGUUUGAGUAAUUAAAUACAAAGACUGAAGAAAUUUCACAGCAGUUUAUUAAUGUUGUGUGUGCAGGCCACAGCAGCAUGCCCUUGGUGUAGUCAGUGCCGAAAGGGGUCUGUUCCUUCUUGAGCCUGCCUGCAGGGACGGUCUCCUUUUAAAGCAGGUUGUGUACAGCAUUCAGUACACUGAAGGUAAGCUAAACCAUCAACAUCACUGGUGUUUUAAGAUGUUACUUUACUGAAACAAUUGACAAAGGAGGGAUAUUAGCUUUGUAGCAGAAUUCCCUGCAUGUGUGAUAAUUGAUCUUGUUUUAUUUUUUGGCAUUUGCAACUGUGGCAUAGUUACAACUUCUGUUUUGUUCAUCACAUUUAAAAUUUGAGGAGGAUGCGCUUGAUGGAUAGAGCGCCUUCAGUGUACUGUUUCUUAUUAACUUUAAUUUUUUUAAAUCAACUUGCUAUAGACUUUAUAUACAUUUUGUUAAAUACAGUUCUUAGUGACAUAGAAACAAUGUGUAGUUUUCAUUUACUAAUUACAAAUGUUGAGGCCUAAUUCUGAAAGUCCUCAUAUUUAAAGGUUAGAUAGACAACAUAAUGAAAUUUUUAACUAUUUGUAUGUCAUUUUAAAAGUGUACUGCUUUAUGGUAAAAGUGUUUUUUCAUUUGUUCAUUGUUUUCAUUAUUUGUGAUCAUGUUGUCUUUCAAUACAGGCAUAAACCUUCCACUCUUGAACAAAGCAGCUGCUUUUUAAAAGCGGUAAUUGCUUCUUUACCUUUUAUUUCUUUUGUAAAUGAAGCUUUUCAUUAAGAAUGUGACUUUAAAGUGUUGUCUAUUGCAUAAAACAGUUGACACUCACUUAUUGUAAAGUGAAGAUUGUUCUACUGCAUGUAAAGUGGACCAUGCAGAUUUCUGUAUGUUUUCAGUAUGCAUCAUUAGAUAAUAAAGUCUUUUGUGAACA